AUGAUUGAUCAGCUGAUUGUUUAUAUGACAAUAUUUGUGAUAGCAAUUAAUAGUUUUCCUGGCGAUGGUUGGAUGCGACCGAUGGAGAAAGACAUAAAUCCCAAUUGCUGGAAAUGUGAACCAUCACCUGAAGAGCUAGAUGAAUGUGAUAAAAAUUUACUAACUAAUGGAAGGAAAUGCGGUAUACUUCAGUCAAGAUUCGUUGAACGUGGUAAUCAUUGUAUUGUUGAGAUAUUGAAUUGUCAUUCAAAAAUUAGUAAUGUAUAUCAGAGUGAAGCAAGCUUUAUUGUUGCUCGUGGCCGUUUAAUUGAUUCAACAGAUAAUAAUAAUACCUCAUUGCGUUACUUUCCAUUGAAUAAUCCAGUGGAAAUGAGAGAAGUAAUAAUAACAUGUACUCUAAAUGGUAUAUGGCAAGCAGUAUUAUCAAAUACUGAUAAUCAAGUAGAGGUGUACGAAGUGCAAUGUAUCACAUCCGAUCAUCAAACAAUGAAUCAUAUCGCUGCGCACAAUAAUGAAAUUUAUCGUUGA